AAUAAAGAUGCUCACCUUUUUAACAUGGGACAUCCACAUUUGGUUUGCUUGGGUAGUGGGAAUAUAUACUUUUGUCCAUUCCAUUUGAAUGGUUACUAAAUGCCUGAUAAGGAACUUUGUACGCAAUCCCCUAGAUUUGUCAAAGAGAUAUGGAGAUGGCUCAUGGGUUUUGGUCACAGGUGCCACCGGAGGUAUUGGUGAAGAGUACUGCUUGCAGUUAGCACAGAAAGGGUUCAACAUUAUUAUAUCUGGGAGAAAUAAACAGGCAAUCGAAGAAAUGGAAGCCAACGUGAAGAAGACUAACACAAAGGUGAAGACUAAGGCUUUGGUUGCGGAUUUGAGUCAAACUAUAUCUCCAAGUUUUUAUGAGAAACUGAUAAAUGAAGUCAAGGAUUUAGAUAUUUCAAUUCUAAUCAACAAUGCAGCUUCUGCUGAUUCUGCUUUCUUUGAAGAUGUGUCUCUAGAAACCCAUCUGGAUAGAGCAAGAAUUAAUAUUGGAGCUCCGACUAUGCUAUGCCACAAGUUGAUCACCAAGCUCCUUGGCAGAAAUAAGAAAUCUUGAAUUAUCAAUAUUUCAUCUCUAUCUCAAACAGGCCCUAUUCCUUUUGUGGGAGAAUAUUCAGGCUCUAAAAGAUUUGUAUCUUUGCUAUCGUAUCAUCUGCAUGAUAAUUAUGGAGACAAAAUAGAUAUUCAAGACUUGAUGCCUGGCUUUGUAACUACUAAGAUUAACAGAUAUUAUAAAGGACCAGAUGCAAUCACUGCAAAAGAGUGUGUUGAAAGCAGUCUUAGAGACCUUGGCCAAGAGUUCAGUACUAUUCCAGCUCUGUCUCACAGUGCUGAGAUGCAAUUGUUUCAUUUGACAUACCAUUUCUGCAAGCCAUUCUUCAGAAUGUUGGCAGUUGGAGCAUGUGAAAAGAGAGCAUUGGAGUUAUACUACCAAGAUAACAGCCAUAAUUCACACUAAAAUAUUUAUGCUAAAGCUUAUGUUGGGC